ACAAACUAUCCAAAUUAUCUAUAUUAAUAAGAAAAAGAGUAAUUGAGUUUAUGACAUGGGAGUGGAGCAAGUCCACCAGACUCUAACCUUACACACCAAAGUCUGUGUGAUUAACAGGCAGAGAGAUAUGUGUAUGCACACAUUAGGGCAGCGCACUCAGUGUUACAUCCUCGGCUUUGACCACCAGACAUCAAGGAAGACUCAUGGCUGGCGAGGAGAUGGAGAUGGCUGAAGUUGGGACGUCUCUUGUGUCUUCAGAGCCCAAGCUGCCACCAGCCAGACCUCGGAACAAAUUUGAAAUUUUAUUUCAGCCCUGUCUGGGCGAGCUGCUGGGAACUACGUUCUUUGUGUUUAUCGGGUGUGUGUCGGUCAUAGAGAAUGUGGAGUCCGCCGGGAGGCUUCAGCCAGCUCUGGUGCACGGCCUGGCCGUGGCUGCCCUGGUGGCUUGCAUGGAUAAGAUCAGUGGUUCCCAUUUCAACCCCCCGUUCACUCUGGCCAUCUAUCUAUGUGGAGGGAUGGAGUUGAGGAUGGUGGCCCCAUACAUUGUAUGUCAGUUGGUUGGAGGGGUGCUUGGAGCCGCUAUGGCAAAGGCAAUGACCUCAAGAGAGAACUUCGCCAAAGCCCACGGGGCUGCGUUUGCUCUGCUGCAGCCCGACAGUGAAAUAGGAGGCGCUGUGUUUGGAGAGGUCGCCAUGACCUGCCUGGUCACCAUGGUGGUGCUGUUGGGGGCUGUCAAUGCCAAGACCAGAAGCCCCCUGGUGCCAUUUACGGUGAGCUGCGCUGUUAUCAUCAGUAUCUUGGCCGGUGGAGACAUAUCUGGCACCUGUCUGAACCCAGCCAGAGCCUUCGGUCCAGCCAUAGUGAGCAACUACUGGAUCCAUCACUGGGUCUACUGGGUGGGACCCAUCGCAGGAAGCCUAAUAGCGGCUGCACUGGUUCGACUCCUGCUUGGAGACAGGAAGACUCGAGUCAUUAUGACUUGAGGUCCUGUGUACAUGAACUUAAGUGGGAUGAAUCAUGAGAUAAUCCCCUAAUUUUGUUCCACUGACUACAAAUUGAAAUGUACGUUUGUUUGUUUUUUGUGUGUGUAAUAUGUUGGAGUUUGGAGAAAAAGCCUGUAAGCUUGUGCAGGAUGUAAUUAUGCUUAUCUAAAUGGUUGAUUUAAUAUGACACUGGUCCUGCCACACUGCUGUGGGUAAAGUUAAACAGAGUUGUAGAUAAUUAGUAAACUGAGUUAACUUGUCUUUCUAGUUCAGAGAAAUAAAUUCUGGUUUUGUCA